AUGUCUCAAGUAAAGGUGCGCCACACCUUCUCUCUGGUCAAGUACUUUGUCUUCAACACUGACUGGGGCAAGAAGGAAGGGACUGAGCACGAAAAACUGAUCUACUACUUUUCCAAGGGGCCGGCAUCUCCUGACCAGCAGGUGAGCGACAUUGGCCUGGCCGAGGCGGUGAUCAACUUUGGCCAGCAGUUCGGCGACAUUGCCGAGUCUCUGCACGGCAGCAAGCUGCGUUUCGUCUUCUUCGACCUCUCCCCCACCAUCUGGUCAACCAUCUGCAUAUCGGAGCCCUUUUCGGUGCACAAGUCAAAUGACGACAAUACGCAGUUUCACGAGUACCACGACAAUGAGGUCAACAAUAAGUUCUUCAAACUUAAGCUGCAGAACAUCUACCGGUACUUUUGCCUCCUCAACGGACCCAUUGAGAAGCUCUGCGCCGAGGUGGACCGAACAGCAUUCAUUGAGCGUUGCACGCAGUUCUUCGACAGUUACAUUCCCCAUCUCGAGUUGCUGCCCUUCAAUCUGAUUGAGCUCUACUCGUCCAUUCAGUACCUCCCGCUGAGCAACACCACCUUCAUGGCCGUGCAAAGUCUGCUCAACUGUGUCCAGGCGACGGACUCUCGCAUCAAAUCGUACAUCUUCCUCUACAAUGACCAGCUGGUGUCUAGUCUUCUGUCACUGCAGGACACGCAAACACUCUACAACUACCUGACCAAUGUGAUCAUUCCAGAAGCCGUGAAAGAGGAGAUUAAUGGCAUCUCUAACAAAACCCGCUGGUUGCAGAAGAACCUGAAGGUCUACUUCAGUGGCGAGCAGGAGUUUAGAAGCCUGUGCCUGUUUCGCUCCAUCAACGGCUCCACGAUUGGUCUGGUGCUGGACAACUACGAUGAGAACAUUCUCCAGGAAUGUGAGGCACUCCUUUCUGGUCGACUAGUCAGUCUGACGGGCAAGCUGCACGAGACGGUGACUCAACUAGCAAAGCAGCCUGAAAUGAAGAUCACCGGCGAGAUGGCGGUGAAGGACAUCAAGUUCAUCUACAUCAACAACACCAACUGUGCGCAGAGGGGCAACUCCAAUGGACGGAAGGUGGUGGACAGUGACUUCUCCAGGCUGAUUCUCGACAUGGAGGCCGACCUGGAGAUGAUCAACAAUGAGAACCACGCCUUUGAGCUGAUCGGCAAGAACACCAGUGACUCGUGGCUGGUGACGCGCAGCAGCGACCUGAGGACGCUCUUUGCCGUGCUCAACCACAAGAAUGCCAAUCUCAUUGAGGCGACUGAAAUGAUUGAAGUGCUCAAUAACAAACAUCUAAAAAACAUUUUCUUUGGAGUAUAA